GGUAGGCCUUCCUGUGUGGAAGAUGUGGCGGGUGAAAAAACUGAACCUCAGCCUGUCGCCUUCGCCCCAGCCGGGAAAACCAGCUAUGAGGACUCCUCUCCGAGAACUUAUCCUGCAGCCUGGUGCCCUCACCAACUCUGGAAAAGAGCUCCCUGUUUGCUCCUCACUGACCCCAUCACUGUGCAAGCUGGGGCUGCAGGAAGGCAGCAACAACUCAUCACCACUAGAUUUUGUCAACGCCAAGAGAAUAGACUCCCUUUCAGAACAAUUGACCCAUCCCUCAAAGAGGCUAGAAGCUUGUCAGUAUGAGUCAGAUGAGCAGCCCCCAGAUCUGAUUCCCCAAACCAACUCUACUCCCAAAACAUCUGAGGAAGCAGUAGACCCACUGGACAGCUAUGAGGUUAAAACCAUUAUCCUUGUACCCUCUCCAGUGGGGCAGCAGCGAGAUAUUACACUUGAGGCCCAUUUAGAUGGCAUGGCAGAGAAAAACAGCAUCUCUCUAGAUGAGCCUUUGAGGACAGGAGAUCUUGUGAGAAAGGAGGUGGCACCCUGCAUGGAAGAAAACUUUCUAGAAGUUGUUGCUGCUAUGCCUGAGGAACCCACAUUUCAGGAUUCUCAAUCCCAUCUCUUGGAGUAUCCACCAAAUUCUUGUUCUGAGCAACAACUCGACUGCUCCAAAGAAAGCCUGAGGGACAGUAGGACUGAGGCUGUGCCUGAGGACUUAGUGCCUUCUGAAAGUAAUGUCUUCUUGCCUUCCUGCAUGCUCUGUCUUUCCCCUUCAGCUGCCUUGGCAGCAGAUUUCCCUGUCAAUCAUGUGGAACCAGGGGAGGAAACUGUAGAGCACAGAGCUAUAGAGGAAAGAAAAAUAAGCUUUCCCACAACCACUGAGGAGGGUGAAUCGGAAGAUCAAGCACUUAUCUCAGAUGUGGAAGAUAUUCUGUCCACAUGCCUGACACCAAAUCCAGUAGAAAUGGAAUCUCAGGCAGCUCCAGGUCCAGCAGUAGAAGAUGCUGGUAGGAUUCUCAGCUCUGAUACAGAGUCUUGGAUGUCCCCACUGGCCUGGCUGGAAAAAGGUGUAAAUACUUCAGUCAUGCUAGAAAAUCUCCGCCAAAGCUUAUCCCUUCCCUCCAUGCUUCAGGAUGCUGCAGUUGGCACUACUUCUUUCUCUACUUGCUCAGUGGGGACUUGGUUUACUCCCCUAGCACCACAGGAAAAGAGUACAAACACAUCCCAGACUGGCCCAUUUGGCACCAAGGACAGUGCUUCUGAGACAGCGCAUCUCCUGUUGGGCCAUCCUCCAGAUCUGACUGCCUUAUCACGACAUGACCUGGAAGAUAAUCUGCUGAGCUCUCUUGUCAUUCUGGAGGUUCUCUCAUGCCAGCUGCGGGACUGGAAGAGCCAGCUGGCUGUCCCUCACCCAGAAGCCCAAGACAGUAGCACACAGACUGACACCUCUCCCAGUUGGAUAACUAAGAAACCUCAACGUCUUCAGGAGAGCCAAGAGAUUGGACAGGCCCUGCAGCAGGUCAGGAAUGCUAUGCAAUCAUGGGUGCCAGUCUCUAAAGAGCUGAUAUCCUUACUUGACCUAUCCUUGUUGCAUUUAGAAGAAGAUAAAACUACUGUGAGUCAGGAGUCUCGGCGUACAGAAACCUUGGUCUCCUGCUGUUUUGAUAUGUUGAAGAAAUUGAGGGCAAAGCUCCAGAGCCUCAAAGCAGAAAGGGAGGAGGCAAGGCACAGAGAAGAAAUGGCCCUCAGAGGCAAGGAUGCGGCAGAGAUAGUGCUGGAGGCUUUCUGUGCACAUGCCAGCCAGCGCAUCAGCCAGCUGGAACAGGACCAGGCAUCCAUGUGGGAAUUCAGAGGCCUUCUGAAGGAAACCCAGACCCAACUGGUAGGGCUUCAUACAGAGCAAGAAGAGCUGGCUCAGCAGACAGUGAGUCUUACUUCUUCCUUGCAACAGGACUGGAUAUCCAUGCAUCUGGAUUACAUAACAUGGACGGCUUUGCUGAGGCGGUCUCAACAACUGACAGAGAAACUCACAGCCAAGAGCCGGCAGGCCCUUCAGGAACGUGAUGCUGCAGUUGAGGAAAAGCAGCAGGUUUCCAGGGAGCUGGAACAAGUCUCUGCCCAUUUAAAGGACUGCAAGGGCCAACUAGAACAAAUGGAGUUGGAAAACAUUCGCCUAGAAUCAGAUCUCCAGGCUCAGCUGCAGAUUCUGGCCAGCAUGGACAGCCAGCUAAAAGAGCUACAGAGUCAGCAUGCCCAUUGUGCCCAGGAACUGGCCACGAAGGAUGAGUUACUUUGCCAGCUUACCCAGAGCAAUGAAGAGCAGGCUGCUCAAUGGCAAAAGGAAGAGAUGGCACUAAAACACAUGCAAGCAGAACUGCAGCAACAACAGGCUGUCCUGGCCAAGGAGGUGCAGGACCUGAAGGAGACCCUGGAGUUUGCCGACCAAGAGAAUCAGGUUGCUCACUUGGAGCUGGGCCAGGUUGAGUGUCAGUUGAAAACCACGCUGGAAGUGCUCCGAGAGCGCAGCCUGCAGUGUGAGAACCUCAAGGACACUGUAGAGAACCUAAAGGCUAAACUGGCCAGUAUCAUAGCAGAGAACCAGGAGCAAGACCUGAAGAAGAUACGCCAGUAUUCCCAAGAGCUAGGAGUGCUGACUGAGCAACUACAUCACCUGACCCUCUUCCUACAGACAAAACUAGAGGAGAAGGCUAAACCAGAGGCCCAUCUGCUGAACACAGCCUGUACUCCUGUCUGGGAACACCUUCCACCCAAUGAUACCGCAUUCACGGGAAGCAUCUUGACAGCAGUGGCAGAUGAAGAGCCAGAAUCAGCUCCUAUGCCUUUGCUUGGAAGUGACAAGAGUGCCUUCACCAGAGUAGCAUCAGUGGUUUCCCUUCAGCCUACAGAGACCCCAGGCAUGGAGAAGAGCCUGGCAGAAAUGAGUUCUGUGACUCUUGAGCUUCAGAAACUGUGUUCCCUGCUGCAAGAGUCUAAAGAAGCAGCCAUCAGGACUCUGCAGCAAGAAAUUUGUGAUCUGCAGGCCAGGCUUCAGGCCCAGGAAGAACAGCAUCAGGAAGCCCAGAAGGCAAAGGAAGCAGACAUAGAGAAGCUGAACCAGGCCUUGUGCUUGCGCUACAAGAAUGAAAAGGAGCUCCAGGAAUUGAUACAGCAGCAGAAUGAGAAGAUCCUAGAGCAGAUAAACAAGAGUGGUGAGCUCAUGAGCCUUAGAGAGGAGGUGACCCAGCUCACCCGCUCACUUCGGCGUGCGGAGACAGAGACUAAGGUGCUCCAGGAGACCCUGGCAGGCCAGCUGGACCCCAGCUGUCAGCCCAUGGCCACUAACUGGAUCCAGGAGAAAGUGUGGCUCUCCCAGGAGGUGGACAAGCUGAGGGUGAUGUUGCUGGAGAUGAAAAAUGAGAAGACAAAACUCAUGGGCAAAUUCCAGAGCCAUAGAAACAUCCUAGAGGAGAAUCUUCGGCGCUCUGACAAGGAGUUAAAGAAACUGGACGACAUUGUUCAGCACAUUUAUGAGACUCUGCUCUCCAUCCCAGAGGUGGUAAGGAGUUGCAAGGAACUACAGGGAUUGCUGGAAUUUCUGAGCUAAGCAACUGAAAGCUGGAAUCUGCUUCACUCCUUUUUGCUUCCCUGCUUUUUUUUUUUUUUUUUUUUCUUUGGUGGCUGGCCAGUAUGGGAAUCCAAACCCUUGACCUUGGAGUUACAACACCACACUCUAACCAACUAAGCUAACUGGCCAGCCCAAUUUUACUUUCAAUUCCCGUUUACCCCAACACCA